AGGGCGCCGCCGCCAGGAGCCGCCGCCAUCUUGUCACCCCCAGCCGAGGGGAGGCAGCGCCCCUCCCCACAGCGCCCGGCCGCUCGGCCAGGUAGGCCCCGGCCCCCGCCCCGGCCUCGGCCCCGGCCCCGGCCCCACCGGGUGAUUGAGGUACUGCGCCUCUGGCCGUGGAAGCAUGUCGGGGCCAGUGCCGAGUCGGGCCAGGGUCUAUGCAGACGUGAACACUCAGAGACCCCGCGAGUACUGGGACUACGAGUCGCACGUCGUGGAAUGGGGCAACCAAGAUGACUAUCAGCUCGUGCGGAAACUUGGCCGGGGCAAAUACAGUGAAGUCUUUGAAGCCAUCAACAUCACCAACAAUGAGAAGGUCGUCGUGAAAAUCCUCAAGCCUGUGAAAAAGAAGAAGAUCAAGCGUGAGAUUAAGAUCCUGGAGAAUCUCCGAGGAGGCCCCAACAUCAUCAGCCUACUAGACAUAGUGAAGGACCCUGUGUCUCGGACACCUGCCCUGGUCUUUGAGCAUGUCAACAACACAGACUUCAAGCAACUGUACCAGACGCUGUCUGAUUUUGACAUACGGUUCUACAUGUAUGAAAUCCUAAAGGCACUGGAUUACUGUCACAGUAUGGGUGUCAUGCAUCGAGACGUCAAGCCACACAAUGUCAUGAUUGACCAUGAGCACAGAAAGCUGCGCCUGAUCGACUGGGGGCUGGCAGAGUUCUACCACCCUGGCCAGGAGUACAACGUGCGGGUGGCCUCGCGGUACUUCAAGGGACCGGAGCUUUUGGUAGAUUACCAGAUGUACGACUACAGCUUAGACAUGUGGAGUUUGGGCUGCAUGCUGGCCAGCAUGAUCUUCCGGAAAGAGCCCUUCUUCCACGGUCACGACAACUACGAUCAAGUGAGCACCAGGGCAGCAUGCUGCCUCUCGGUGCGCAUUGCAAAAGUGCUGGGAACGGAGGACCUGUACGACUACAUCGACAAGUACAACAUCGAGCUGGAUCCCCGCUUCAACGACAUCCUCGGCAGACACUCACGGAAGCGGUGGGAGCGCUUUGUGCACAGUGAGAACCAGCACCUCGUCAGCACCGAGGCGCUUGACUUCUUGGAUAAGCUGCUGCGCUACGACCACCAGACACGACUCACUGCCCGGGACGCCAUGGAGCACCCGUACUUCUAUCCCAUCGCAAAAGACCCAGCAAGGAUCGGCACCUCGGCUGGACUCUCGGCCAGUAACACGCCUGUCAGCUCCUCCAGUAUGUUGGCAGGCAUUACCUCGAUGUCCGCGUCACAGCCCAUCGGCAGCCUGGCUGCAUCGCCCGUCAUCUCCUCACCCAACGCUUUGGGCUCGCCGGUCCCCCGCCGCAGCCGGUGUGCAGCCCUGAACUCACUUCUCAACCUCCGGCUUCCCGCAGCGCCGAGGCCGGUGCCGCGCCUGCCUUCUGCCCUCCUGCCUGCCCCGCGAGAGCCGAGGGCUCCGGCCGCCUGCGGCAGCCCCUGCCCAGAGGCAGAACCGGAGCACAGUGGGAGGGUGCUCUGGAAUUUUAUUUUUAUUUCUGUUGAGUAUGGGAAAAAAAAAAGAGCAAAAAUGUAGGUUCCUUUUUUUUUUUCUCUGUGCAGUAACAGUAUCACACUCUCUGGCAAUGGACCAAGGCUGAUCUCUGUUGUGUCUGUGUCGGGGUACGGCGUUAGCUGCGUUCUUCUCAUGAGGAUCAUGGUUAGUGAUGCAACUACAGUGUAGAAAUCUAAAAUGAAUAAUAAAAUUUAUUUUCUAUGUCCCUAACAGGA